GCUUUCAGAUACGCUAGCCGUUAUUUUUUUCCUUUCCUACCCGGUUUCUGGCAAGUCCCGCCUUCUUCUCUACGAUUGGUUGGUAGCGAGCGGUUUCUGAGCUUCGAUUGGCUCAUAGUUCGUAUUUACAAGCAGACAACCAAUGGGAUGUGUCGGAUCAGAAUGUGGGUGGGGAAUCAAGCUAACUAAGUAAUACAGCUUAUUUUUUUUGCUAAAUAAUAAUUAAAAGAAGCAUAUUGCUGGGGUUUUUGCGAAAAUGUUGACGUGAGAAGCCUGCAUCACUGAUGCCGGAUGCUGAUCACCUCUGGCUGUGCUCAGUCCGUGCGUGAGCACUAAGAUGAGUGGAGCAGGAGAGCAGGCCGACAUACUGUCGGUGGGGAACGUGGUCCGGGACCGCUGGAGGGUGAUUAAGAAGAUCGGUGGCGGAGGCUUUGGGGAGAUCUAUGAAGUCCUGGACCAGCUGAACCAGUGCAAUGUGGCUCUUAAAGUGGAAUCGGCUCAGCAACCCAAACAGGUCUUAAAGAUGGAGGUGGCUGUUCUAAAGAGGCUCCAGGGUAAGGACCAUGUCUGCCGCUUCGUCGGUUGUGGACGUAAUGACCGAUUCAACUAUGUGGUGAUGGAGCUUCAGGGAAGGAACUUGGCCGACCUUCGGCGCACCAUGAGCCACGGUACGUUCUCGGUGUCCACCACGCUCAGGCUUGGCCGACAGAUUCUGGAGGCUAUCGAGAGCAUCCACUCAGUCGGCUUCCUGCACAGAGACAUCAAACCGUCCAACUUUGCCAUGGGGCGACUGACGAGUACUUGCCGAACCUGCUACAUGCUCGACUUCGGUUUGGCACGUCAGUUUACAAACUCCUGUCAAGAAGUCCGUCCGCCUCGUCCAGUGGCAGGAUUUAGGGGAACUGUACGCUAUGCCUCAAUCAACGCUCACAAGAACAAGGAAAUGGGUCGGCAUGAUGACCUGUGGUCUCUCUUUUACAUGCUUGUGGAGUUUAUGGUGGGUCAGCUUCCCUGGAGAAAAGUCAAGGACAAAGAGCAAGUAGGGAACCUGAAGGAGACUUACGACCAUCGCCUCAUGCUGAAACACCUCCCUGCAGACUUUAGCAUUUUUCUCGAUCACAUCUCAGGCCUCGACUACUACACUAAACCUGACUAUCAGCUCCUGAUGUCCGUGUUUGAGAACAGUAUGAAGACGUAUAAUGUUAUGGAGAAUGAUCCGUAUGACUGGGAGAGGAGUGACUCGGAAGACUCCCUUACAGUCGCAGCUCUAGCAACCACGGGCCAGCAGCUGACUCGUCUCACACCAGCGUACUUGGGCAUGGCCAACGCCUCUGCGAUACCGGGUGACAUGCAGCGUGAGAACACAGAGGAUGUCCUUCAGGGCGAGCGGCUCAGUGAAGCAGACAAUUGCCCGCCGAUCCCACCUCAGCACGCUCAGGGAGCUGACGUAUGGGAGGAGAUGGAACGUAGCCGAGACCGCAACCGCAAUCACGUUCAACCACAGAUUAGAAAGGUGGCCAGCGAAGAUGAGAGGAGUAAAGAGGGCAAUCAGAGCCCCAACAGUGGCUCUGCGCAGGGCUCUCCGAGGCGGGUGCACUCCGAGACCUUACUCAUCGACCGCGUGGCUCCGCUGUUGAGGAGGAUGCGUCACAGCCACAGCAUGGGCCUGGACAAGAGACUGACUCCUGAACCCAAACCUACUAUUGAACGCUUCCUGGAAGCCUAUUUAGGAAAGCAGCGACCAGUCCUACCUCAGGAGAGGAUUGGGUGUCGUCCCGAACAGGGUUCUCUGGAGGAUGAAGAGGGGGCAGCCAGCAGCGGCUAUGUAGCAGUGAACCUCAGCCCAGUCCCACAGGAGGGCGACUCUCAGGAGUGGGUGCUAGUGGAGCUGGAAGGAGGCAGCGGAUCAGCGUGCUCUAAGCCCGAAGAGGAGGAGCGCUCCACCAGCCCCCUGGCUCUGCCUCGCACCUGGUCCGACCCCCUGCCCCAGCGGGCCAGCAGCCUCAGCAGCUCCGGGGAACUCCAUACUGCCCUCUGUCACACCGGCCCUCCGUUUACCCGCCUUACCGGAUUGCCAGGUCUAACGGGGCUUUCCGGCAUCACAGGGCUGAGGAGGCUGCCUACUAUACAGCCUGCAUCGAUUGUUCACAUUAACAGAAGUCAGCUAGAGCAGUUAUCCAGCACUUUACCACAAUCCAUCCAUCUUCAGCAAAAGGGCGAAAGUGAUCCAGUUCAGGACUCUCCAACACUCGCUGCGGAAGACAACCCCAAUCAUCCUCCAGUGAAAACACCACCCAAAUCCUCCUCCCAGCCUCCUGCCCCAGUGAACGACCAGCUGAGCUUUAUCAAACCAACCGAGAAAGAUGUGGAGAGUGACUCGGGUUGUCCCGACGUUGGUCCUUCUACGACUCCGAACCAGGGCGAGACGAUUGGGGACACGGUUGACGCAGGCCCCUCCUCCCCAGUCCCGGCUUCUCCUCGGGAAUUGUCCCCGCGGGCCAGCCGCAUUCCCGUGCGUGACCCAGACUCCCCCACCAGGAAGAGUUUUGCCCCACUAUCACCAUCCCUCUCUUUAUCCUGCGAGCACUUCCCGUCAGCACUGCUUCGGGAAAAGUUCUCCUUCCCCUCCGAUCGAGGUUCUCGCGCAUCUGACUUCCAGGGAGAUGAUCUGCUCUCGCUCUCCUCCUCCUCGAGCCCACUGUCCAGCAGGAGCAAGAUUCCGAGGCCCAUAAGUCCCACACUAGCUCCAGACCAGUUCUCUGCUCGCUUCAUGCCACGCCCGCCUCCAGGAAAACCACCCCUCCGCCCGGGGGGAGAAAACAGGCGCAGACGUUACCGUAUCCGUGCCAGCAGCACCAGCGAUACGGAUCUCCUUGACAACCUCACCCAGCUGAUGCAAGAGCGAGGAGGCGUGGCUGUAUCCCGCUACCAACGUACCACUUCCUCCAUCCAGCGCUCAUUAAGCUCCUCCCCUUCUCGCUUCGAGGGAUGUCACAGCCAAGCGCCGCUCAGUGUUUUAGGCUCCCCGCCGCCACGGAUGUACGAGGUACGAGCUAAACGCGGGGCCGGUUAUUGUGCUGGAGGCAGAGCAGGAAGCCCUGAGAGCAAAACCACUACCAAGGUGAACAAAUAAAAGACGAAAGGUGAAGAAGUGAUUGUUCUGAUGGACCACUGAUGACUUCAUGGAUUUUAAAGGAUUCAUUUGGUUACAAGCAGCUUUUAAAAUGGUAAUAAUGAGGGUGUUGGGGAAAAAAAAAGAAUGAAUAGACUUUGUCUAUUUUAGUAAAGUGAGAAGUAAAGAAGUGUGGCACGAAAUGAAAAUUAAAAUGAAAAAAAAAAAAAAAAGCCAACAGUGUUGGUUGAGAUUACUUGAAAGCAUUGUAUAUAAGCCAUUUUAUCAUUCGUCCGACAUUCCCAUACUGCUCUCCAUUUCUCCAUUUCUCCUGACACUCGAUAUUGCUUAUUAAUUUCUGUUUUUUCUUCCAUUUAAAGCGUCCGUGUCUCAUGUACCCUCCUGUGGAAACGUUUAAGCACGCCAAGGAUUUUUGUAUAAAUUCCUGAGACUCUGUCCGUGUGCUCCUCAUUGUCAUAAAGUCUUAUUGCUGUGUAUCACAAUCAGCCUGUGUGUACAAUCAGUUCACAGCUCACUUUUAAAAUGUUCCUCAGUGUCAUCUCACCGCCAUUUUUAAUUUUAUUAUUAAACGAGACGCAAUUUCAAGGAACAGGUCAGGCAAAAAUGACAUUUUCCCACAGUCCCCCAAAUGUAAUCAGUCAUCCGGGACAUGCUUGGCGUCUGAAGUUGGAGCAACAAGCCCAGUGUUGCUAACAAGUAAGAUGAGUCUAUAGCUACCAGUUUAGCAUUGUAUAAUAGCAUCUCUAUAGCUAAUUCACACUUGUCUUGGCUCAGUCAGGCCAGAAAAUAUGCAAAUCGCAUUAUAUUAUCAUCACAUGGUUAAUAUACUGUAUGACAUUAUAUUAUAUUAUAUUAUAUUAUAUUAUAUUAUCACAAUACAGGAUCAGUUCUAGCUUCAAGCUUUGGGUCACGCCCUCCUACCUGAGUGACACCAAACUAUCAAACUAUAUGCUAAGGAGAAAAAAAAGAGCUAUGUGACGGAGUUUUUAGCUCUGUGAUCUAAUGCAGUCUCAUAAACCAAAUCAGCUCUGUUUGAGACACUGAACAAUUCCCACACACUAGCUAGUUAGCUCUCUUCUAUCAUACAGCAGCCGAGAGGGUAGACGCUAACACGUGCUUCCUCUGAGACACGUGAAGCCAUAGCAUCUUUCCGAAAUUGCUGUUCAUGCUACGUGAAAGGACGAAAGCGCAUACACGCAUACACAAGCUUACAAGGCGCCUGCGAUUGCUUAGUAUCGCUGUGAUUGACAGGAGAGAGAGAGUAUGUCAUCCCUCCCACGCAGAGUGUACGACCAAUUCUGCUCUUUCGGGAUUCAAACUCACGAUCUUCUGACGAUCUUCCUGUUCCCGGCUAUUCUUAUAGCUUCACAACACACACUUUGAGCAAAUAACUACUAUUUUAUUUUACUUCACUAUACAAACAUUUGCGAUAUGACACAAUGCCCACGAGUACUGUUGCUUAGCUAGAUAAAAAAAUCACCUUCUUGUAAAUAACAAAAUGAGAUAACAAGACUAAUUACUGUAACUGGAACACUAUAUUUAACACGUAGCUAUGAAUAGCGAAGACGUGCAUCAGGCCUACGUUUUCACAGGAGUGUAUUAUAGACAGUACACUACAUGUAUUAUGUGCCAAUAUAUUUAUAUCAUUUUUAUGUAAUCGCUUGUUUACAUGUUAACCUGUGUCAGACAUGUAUUUGAAAUUGACACCUGACUUAUUUUUUUUUAUUUAAAUCCAAAAACAGUGGAAUAAACAUACUGUAUUUGUUUUUAAAAAAAAAAACAAUAUUUGCAUACACAUUUACAUGAAUUUGUUUUACAUGGAUUCUGCGUCUUAUAUUUUUUACAUUUUUAAUUAUUUUUUUAUUAGCUUUUUUUAAUUUGUCUUUUUGCUCUACCCAUCAUAUAUCAGUGAGUGCUGAUUUGCUCAUCCAUGCUGUAUAAAAAAAAAAAACACAUUGUAUGUAUAGUCACAUAUGUUACAAGCAAGCAUGUGUAUAUAUGUAUUUCAGGGAAUGUACGUACUGUAAACUACAUUAUCUAUCAUAGAAUGUAUUUAUUUAUUUAUUAGACGUGUUAAGAUGAAAAUGUAGCCCAGCUGUUUGUUACUGAGGGUCUUAUCUCUUCAGCGCUUUUCAGAACGAAAGCUCUUGUCCUUUAAAAAAAAAAAAAAACAGUCGAAUGCCAGAUUAGCACCGUGGAAAGAAUUUGUCAUUUGAACAAAGAGCUAUAGUGCUCUGACAAUAUUAUGAGCCGUCGCAAGUCGCAAAUCAGCGUGAUAUCAAUUUAAUCAUUCCAAAAAAAAAAAAUAUCUGCACAUUACUAAUGCUUCAGCGAUGUGUCUUGCGUUAUUCUUCGUACCGAAAUCUGUCUGGAAGGUAAACGAGCGCUGCAGAGAUGCAUGUCAGAUGAUUCAAUUAUUAACAACAUCAAAUCAGGAUUAUAAAAACUCAGCCGAACCUGUUAACGUUAGUGUCACGCGUUCAUCCCGCUGUAGCUGUGUGUACUGUGGAGUUAGGCUAAUGCUUUUGUUCUUGACCUCUGAAAGUACUUAUUUACUUUACACACAUCAGUAGAGCCCCGCUAUAGUAACACAGCCUACUACUUAAGCAAUGUACAGAAUCUGAAAUGUAUAUAGAUAUAAAUACAUUAAAGGGAAAAAAGCUUCUUGCUUCAUGUAAUGUAUUUUGCUAACAAACAUCAUUCAUUUACAAAGAAAAGUCACUACAUUGGAAUGUACAUGUAUUCAUAUAAACAUAAUAAAUACUGACGUGCAAGAUA